CAGAAAGAGAGGGGCAGGUCAUUACCGCUGACACGUUAUUUGUCAUUCAUAACACGGAGCGAUUCUACUUCACAUAGCUAGUUUGGAGGCUCUUUCUAUAGUUUUGAAACACUGUCGGAAGUAAUGGCGACUUGUGACGACGUGCGGGAAAACGUGAAGAAGUAUUAUGGCAGCAGACUGGAGUCCUCAGCUGAUUUGCAAACAAGUGCAGCUUCCUGCAGUUUUUCUUGCCGCCCAAUGCCAACGAGUGUCACUGAAGCACUGACCCUGGUUCAUCCGGAGGUCACCAAGAGAUUCUACGGCUGUGGUCUUCCGUUCCCAGCGAAGCUUGAGGGCUGCACAGUCCUGGACCUCGGCAGCGGCUCUGGUCGAGACUGUUAUGCCUUCAGUAAACUUGUUGGACCGAGCGGACAUGUGACUGGGGUCGAUAUGACAGAGGAGCUGAUCGCAGCGUCUCGUCAGUACAUCGAGUAUCAUCAGAAGAAGUUUGGCUAUGAGAAGCCCAACGUGACUUUUGUCCAGGGGUACAUGGAGAAGCUCAGUGAAGCUGGCAUACAGAGUGACUCAGUGGAUGUUGUGCUAUCCAACUGUGUAAUCUGUUUGUGUCCUGACAAAAGAGCAGUGCUGCAGCAAGCUUACAACGUCCUAAAGGAGGGAGGUGAACUGUACUUUAGUGACAUGUACGCCAGUAAAGUCAUUCCUGAUCACAUGAAGAAAGAUACAGUCCUGUGGGGUGAAGGGAUGGGUGGUUCUCUGUUUUGGCAGGAUCUCAUUUCAUUGGCUCACAGCGUAGGUUUUAGCACGCCACACCUUGUUUCAGCCAGUCACAUCGUGGUCCACAACUGUGAGCUCAAAGCAAAAGCAGGUGACAUCAACUACACUUCAGGCACUUACCGGCUCUUUAAGCUGCCCAAAAGUCCAGCCUUGUCUUGGGCAACAGUGACCUAUAGAGGAACGGUGGCAGAUUUCCCAGAUCAGCUGGACUUUGAUUCCUCCCACUGUUUCAAGAAAGAUGUGGCAGUGGAGGUAAAUGGAGAGAUGGCAGCAAUUCUCCAGAGAUCCCGUUUCUCUUCGGAUUUCAUCAUCCAGACUUCAGACCGAACAGAGUCCAGCUCAGAGUCAGCACCACAGUACUGCCACCUCAACCCCUUUCUGCUGGCUGACAGACUGGGAGCCUCAGUGAGACAAUGCUCCAAAACAAGCAAAUAAAGAUGCAGCUCAUUUAACUGUCCCAAAGAACAGCUAAAAUAAGAUUGUAACAAAUGUUUUUAGAGUUUGAUUAGUUGAUUGUAAUAACAUUACAGACUAAUUAUUUAUGUACUCGUCAUCACUUACUUAUAAUAUUAUGAACAUUACGGUUAAGAGCUGUUUAACAGGAUAAUACUGUCACAGUGAUAUAACAAAUAAGUGUCCAAAUAGUAAAAAUAUACAUUUUGUACUAAUUGUUUUAACUUUCUAAGCUUCAAGAGAUAACAUAACAAUUAAAGCAUCUUGCCAGUG